GUAUGCGGAUCCUCUCAGUCAGCAACAUUAAUGGGGACAUGAGGCAUCCUCCUCAUGUCCUGCAUGCUUAGGUAAAGGGGGUAUUAGCAGUAAUGCUGGUCGGUCAGUCAGUGUCCUCUGGCUGUUGUGCAGCACGGUGGCGAUCACCAUGGGGAGCACCAGGAAGGUAGGAAACAUGUGGAACAGGAGGCAGAGUCUCUUCCCCAACUACAAAGUCACAGACUUGGACGCCACUCGGAGACCUUCUGAGGUUGUUUACCCACUAGCCAAGGAGAGCUGUGUGAAGACAUGGAACUCCAUGCAAGAACUGAGCAGGGACAUCUACGACAUCUAUGCCGAGUACGAGGAAGAAGAAGAUGACGGUGGGUCUUUCGGCUAUAACAGGCAGGUAUCGCCUUCCAAGAAGAACUAUGUGAUCAACAUCAACGUCGGCGGGAAGCCCUACCAGAUAGCAUACAAGAUGGCGGCAAAGUACCCCAAGACCAGAAUAGGACGACUGGCCACGUACACGGACCACAACAUGAAGCUCGACUUGUGCGACGACUACAUAGUGACCAACAACGAGUACUUCUUUGACAGGGACCCCGAGGUCUUUCACAGCAUCUUCAACUUCUACAGGACGGGCGUGUUGUGGAUCAAGGACGAGCUGUGUCCCCGCAACUUCCUGGAGGAGAUCAACUACUGGGGCGUGAGGAUCAAAAACACCAACCGGUGCUGCCGCAUCUCCUUCGAGGAGAGGCAGGACGAGCUGAACGACCAGCUGAAGAUCCAGCGGGAGCUGGAGGCGGAGGUGGAGAUCGAGGAGAACGAGGAGCUGUUCCACGACAUGUUCAUGGGCCACACGCGUCGAGCCAUAUGGAACCUGAUGGAGAAGCCUUUCUCCUCUGUCAAGGCGAAGAUGAUGGCCCUGGCCUCCAGCGUUUUCGUCCUGAUCUCCCUGGUGGCCAUGACGCUCAACACCGUGGAGGAGAUGCAGUACAAAACCCACGCCGGUCAGCUGAGCGGCAAGACGUACUGCGAAUACGUGGAGUCCAUAUGCAUCGCCUUCUUCACCAUGGAGUACGUGCUGCGUCUGAUAUCCACGCCCGACCUCAGAUCCUUCAGCAGGAGCGUCCUCAACACCGUGGACCUCAUCGCCAUCCUGCCUCAGUACCUGCAGGCCAUCCUGGAGUUCUUCGACAGCCACGAGAACUACAUGAAGCAUGAGGCCGACAUGCAGGCGGUGGGGCAGGUGGGCAAGCUGGGGCAAGUGUUGAGGAUUAUGAGACUGAUGCGAAUCUUCCGAAUCCUGAAGCUGGCCCGUCACUCCACCGGUCUGAGGGCGUUUGGCUUCACCCUGCGCCAGUGCUACCAGCAAGUGGGCUGCCUCUUCCUGUUCAUCGCCAUGGGCAUCUUCAGCUUUUCUGCCAUGGUUUUCACUGUGGAGCAUGACAUGCCGCAGACAAACUUCACCAGCAUACCUCACGCAUGGUGGUGGGCCGCCGUGAGCAUCUCCACCGUGGGCUACGGAGACGUGUACCCAGAGACCGUAUUGGGUCGUAUCUUCGCCUUCGUUUGCAUUGCGUUUGGAAUUAUUCUCAACGGGCUGCCUAUCUCCAUCCUCUUCAACAAGUUCUCGGACUAUUACUCCAAACUUAAAUCCAACCAGUACACAGCCUGCAUGAAGAAACGCGGCAAAGUGAGAUUCGCCGAGAGGACAAGUAAUACACUCAACAGCUGCUUUGGAAGCCACCAUUGAUUCCCUUUUUUUGCAAACAGGAUUUCAUGUGUUUGAGCACAUGUGGAAAUCCACUCCAGUAAGAUGGCAGCUUUUGUGUGGGUACACGCAAACAUGUAGCAUUCUGCAGCCUCCCUAGAGCUUACUUAGUGGGAGAAAGAAGGAUUUCAGGACGCGAAGUGGGCAAACGUUUCUUGUUAAGGAGAAAACAAAUAAAUGUGGACAAAAUCUUUUUUAAAUCAUUUUUACACCAUCUUUUUAAUGUAUAACAAUGCCUUGCAAAGAUUAGUACACCCCUUGAACCUUUUCACAUGUUGGAACCAAUUAUAUUGCAUUGGGUUUUUAUGUUGCAGUCCAGCACAAUUCAGUGCUUUAUUGUGAAGCCAAAGGAGACAUGGGCUUGAAAAGUAAAAUAAAUAAAUAAAUAAAUAA